AGUGCGGGCGAAUGCACAGCGCCGACUGGCUCUGCGAAUUCGCCAUUGCUGCAAGCUGCUCCUGCGUUCGUUCCUUCCCAGUGCCGACAUGCGCCUGCUGCGCUGGAUUCCAUGCAUAAACAGGCACCGGCAGGGCCGAGGACGCCAGGUGUAUCUGCUGUCAACGGUGCUACAACCGGAUCGGCAUCAUAUGCAUCAAUGUGCACAGAUGACGCAUCCGAGCCAGCAUCACUGGCGUUGUCUGCAUCCUCGCUCUCUUCAACCUCUGCGCAUCAAAAACGAUUAUCGGCAGAGCGCCAUUGCUGUGCCGGCUGGCCGACUCUGUUAGAGCUGACUGUUCGGGAACCUCGUCAGCAUUGCCCAUGAGGUCGUAGUCUGACGCAAGCGAAUCCUCUGAGGUCCUGCGCGGCUCGCUCCCGUCAUUCCCUUCACUCACCUCUUCUGCAUCGAAUG